UAGAAGGCCGACGGCCGACGGCGUCUGCUACGCGCUGUCUGCUGGAAAACAAAUCAGCAUCAGCAGAGGAAGACGCUUUUGGCGCAACACUACAGACUUUUUCCUUCAAGAAAGCCCACACCCCUUGUGUUUGGAAAUCGUCCUCUUCCAGAUUCAAAAUGCUGAACCAAAGUGACUACAGGGCUUACCAUGAGCGCAUGAUUUCGGGCAACAAAGGAACGACAGCCAAGGAUGUCAUGCUGGUCGUGCUGCCUUCAAUCUUGUCGCUGCACAUUUUAGCUGGCUUGCAGUCUCAUCACUUGGUUCCAAGGACCCUCGGCAAACACAAAAUUGCCGCAUUCUUUGCCGAAUUCUUCGUCGUCAUCAUGCCUUCUAUUUUAAGCUUAACUAUUUGUUCGUACAAUACUGCCACCAUUCCUAUGUUUAUGUGUUUUGCUGGCCCAGUGCUUGGUCUCAAGUGGAAGAUAAGUGAAAACAGAGGAAGAUGGUCCCAUAUUUAUGCUGUUUUUUUUAACAGUCGGACAUUUAGCAAUAUAUUAUCUUUUAAACUACCUGCUAAACCUCGAUCCUAUAUAACAAAUUUUCGGGCUAUCACCAACAUGUUGACUGUAUUGGCUAUUUUUGCUGUAGAUUUUCACAUAUUUCCUCGACGAUUUGCCAAGACUCAAACUUUUGGGUUUGGUGUUAUGGAUCUCGGUGUUGGAUUAUUUGUCAUAGCAAAUGCAUUAGUAGCUCCUGAGACAGAUAGCUCAAAAUCUUUAUCAGUACCUGUUUUGAAAACAUUUCUUCAGAGCUUACCAUUGGUGAUUCUUGGUUUUGGAAGGUUAAUAAUGACUGCACAAGUUGACUACCAAAAGAAUGUCACAGAAUAUGGUGUACAUUGGAACUUCUUCUUUACGCUGGCAUUUACAAAAGUGGUAAGCUGUAUUAUUCUCAAAUAUGUUGAUCGCAGCACUUACGCAUAUGGGCUCAUGUUUGUGGGAUUAACAGUUACUCAUGAAGCAGCAUUACAGUUGGGUUUGCAGGACUGGGUCUUCAGCAAUGCACCUCGACAUGGUAUCAUUUCAGCUAACCGAGAAGGCAUUGCAUCAAAUAUGGGAUAUGUAGCUCUUUAUUUUGGUGGUAUUGUAUUGGGUCGGGAUCUACGUUCUUUUGAUACUUUCAGUAUGAUGGGUAACAUGAGCAUGUUAGAAAGGCUCCUUUUUGUUAGUAUUAUCUUCUGGUCUGGUACAGUCGCAUGUGAGCACACAUUUGGAGUGUCUCGGAGACUUGCUAACAUGGGCUACAUUCUUUGGGUUUUGGCAUUUACAUCUACUGUUAUUGCAUUCUUACUCUUUAUUGAAAUAAUUGUAAUCUUGUCUAAAGUAGUGGAUGAAAGACGAUUUAAUAAAAAUGUACUUUUUGUGCCCAAAAUCUUCGAAGCUAUAAAUAGGAAUGGGCUCCUAUUUUUCCUCUUAGGGAAUGUUUUAACAGGUAUGUUCAACAUACUAGUGCGUACUUUUACAUUAAAUUCUGUCACCAGUUUUGUUGUUAUUAAUAUUUACAUGCUAACCAAUUGUGCAGCUGUUGCAAUCUUACAAGCAUGGAAUUUCACUCUGAAAUUAUAACUUACUGAAAUUAGAAUUUAUUUCUCAAAUUUACUUUGUAAUUGAAGCAAUGUCCUCUGACAUAAGAGACUAAAACAAGUAGAAUGUGUGAAAUUUGUUGAGUAUGUUAGAAAUUCUAAUACAGUAAAACAAUUCUACAGAUGCCAAAGCAGGUCUUCUGCUGUAGUUCCCAGCUGAUUAAUUUUGAGGAAGCAGUAAAUGUAAAAUUCAACAAAUGUAUUCAAACAAUCUUGCCAAAGAAAAUAAAACAAAAUGGAGAUAA